AUGGAUUCAAUUUCAGACACAAAAUUGUACGAGCUGAAAGAGCAGCUUCUGCUGCUGACCACUCUGGUGGCGACGGUGACGUACGUCACCGGGCUCAACCUGCCCGGGGGAGCCUGGCAGACGCAGCAGGCGGAUGGGCAUGCCCCCCUCGCCGGCGACCCGAUCCUCCGGGACAUCCACUACCGUCGGUACCUCGCCUUUUACUACUGCAACGGCACGGCGCUUGCCUCGUCGGUCGUGGUCUGCCUCAUCCUCGUCAUGCUGUGCAGGGACAGCCCGGCCUGGUCGGUGGUGUUGCGGGUGGUCAUGGUGCUCGGCCUUCUUGGGCUCGUGGGUUCCUACGCAGCCGGGACCUGCCAUGACACCUUCGCCACCAUCUGGGUCGUGGCGCUCGCUUUCCCUGUGUUGGCCUACAUCACGUACGCUUUCGUCUGCUACCUCUGCUUGCCCCUCCGCCGCGAAGCUCCCACCCCUAGAUACCCAAACGGGUACCAAGAGAAGGAGAAGAUCGAGGUGCUCAUGCUGCUGGCGACCUUUGCCGUCACCAUCUCCUACGCCGCCGGGCUGAAUCCACCUGGCGGCUUCUGGAGCAGCACCCUGCAGCAGAAGGAGGACGCCCGCCUUCUUCACCUCGCCGGCGAUACGAUCAUGGAAGAUAGCUCGCUCCGGAGGUACCGGGCCUUCUUCGUCUGCAACACGACGUCGUUCGUCGCGUCCUUGCUCAUCAUCCUGCUGCUCCUGGACAAGAAGUUGAGCAGGACCAUCUCGGCGCGGUUCGUGGCGGUCUACGGCUUCAUCGCCGUGGCGCUCCUGGGCCUCAUGGGGGCCUAUGCUGCUGGGAGCUGCAGGGAGACUGACAAUACCAUCAAGGUCCUCUCCCUGGCCGCUGCCGUUCCUGCCUGCGUAGUCCUGCAGCUGGCUCUCAACUAUGUCUUCUACUGGCCAAUCAAGAACAUGUGUGAUAAUUUCUCCGGAUGGUUGGGGAACUUGAUUCCCGGAGGUGCCAGCGCUCUCGCAGAUCCAGACUUGAAAAAUACUCGAUUUUUCGUUAUGGUACUUGCUAGCUUCGCGGUGAGCAUCACCUACCAAGCAGGACUGGAUCCACCAGGCGGCCUCUGGCAAGAUGACCUAGAUGGGCAUAAGAUUGGCCACCCGGUGCUCCGGACGACACAUCCUGCUCGGUACCAGGUGUUCUUCUACAGCAACUCGGCAGCUUUCGUGACAUCUCUGGUGGUCGUCAUGAUGGUCCAGAGCAAGUUUCUGUUGAAACGCCGCACAUUGGUGGCAGCCAUGGUGCUAGACCUGAUUGGCCUCGUCAUUGCCUAUGCCGCCGGGAGCACCAGGGAUACAAGCACGUCCAUCUAUGUCGUCGCGGUGGCUUGCCUUGUCCUCUCCUACGUCGUCGCCCAUAUUGCUUUAGGAGGCGAGAAGGAGAACAUCGUUGCUGAACCAGCUCCUGCUCCUGCUUCUGCUACUUCUGUUGCUACUUUUUCUACUCCUCCUGCUAGUCCUGUCUCUACCACUUCUUCAGUAGUAGUACUAGGAGGAGGAGGGCGACGAAGCAAGGAGCAGCUCGACGACAAGCGUCAGGUGUUGUUGCUAAUCGCCAUCUUGGCGGCGGCACUGACCUACCAAGCCGGGCUGACCCCACCGGGUGGCUUCUGGCAAGAGGACAACGACAAGCUUGGCCAUCGCGCGGGCUACCCGAUCCUCCUCAAUAACUACCCCCGCCGCUACAAGGCCUUCUUCUACUGCAACGCGGCGAGCUUCAUGGCAUCGGUGGCUCUCAUCCUCCUCCUCGUGAACCGCAAGCUGUACAGGCCAGGGAUACGGUGCUACGCGCUACAUAUGUGCAUGGCAGUGGGCAUGUUUGCGCUCAUGGGUGCCUACGCUGCCGGGAGCUCACGCCAUUUCAAGACCUCCAUCUAUGUGUUGACACUGGUGAUCUUGGUGUCGGCCUCCAUACCCCUGCAGAUAGCUAUCUUCUGGUACAUUCGCAUCUACAUGAAAAACAACGACAACCAUCAUGAUUCAUCUAGAACAAGGCGACAACGAGCACGCGGUCUUGAAGCCCCUAAUCAGGAGAAAAACGAGGAGUUCGAGUACCUCAUGCUGUUAGGGGUCCUGGCCGCUAGUGUGACAUACCAGACCGGGCUGAGACCACCGGGCGGCAUGUGGCAGGAGGACAACGCCGCCUACUCCGCCGGCAACCCGAUCCUACACGACAUCAACAAGCGUCGCAACUCUACUUCAUUCAUGGCGUCCGUCAUCGCAAUCGUCAUGCUGCUGCCAUUCACGCUGACGGAGCUCGAGUGGCUACAACGUUUCCUGCCGCCCCAGCAGACGAGCAACGGCAAGUGGCCGCUCUGGCCGGUCCACACGGCCAUUUUGCUGGACAUGCUCGGCCUCCUGGUGGCCUACGCGGCAGGAAGUACCAGGAAGUGGAAGUCGUCCCCGUGCUAG